CCUCUCAGGUUGCAGGUUUAUGUGGGGGAAUUUGUCAUGAACUCCUCCUCCCCACAGGAAAGUCUUAUUUAUGACAAACUUAACAUCCCUGUGUCAGAAGAGCAACACUUUGCCGGUCUGAGGAUCUUCACCAGUAAAACUGCAUUUGACAUCCACGACACAAUGGCGACAUCAGAUGGCUUUCCCGCCAGUUUCUAUGGCGAACCAGGGGUGUUGGGGAUGUUAUCCAAUGGGAUCAGUGCAUUCAUCGUACUUCUGCAGAACUUCAAUACAGCGCAUACUGGCAUUGCACCAGUGGGAGUGGAAAACAUACUUGCAGGUGUUCAUCUCAUCCUGAUCGGUGGUAUUUGCCAGUUGGUGGCUGGACUGCUUUCCUUCAGAAAAUAUGAUCAUCUGAGUGGCACCGCCUUCAUUGGCUAUGCUGCUCUUUGGGGCAGUUAUGGAGCAACUCGAAUCUACAUUGGCGCUUUAGCUGAACCUCCGACAUCAUCUAUCGUAUAUCAAACAAUGAAUAAUCUGUCUCAGUCCACUUACAUGAUGAGCAACAUGACUCUAAAUGCCACCACAGAGAUCCCAGUCAGCCAUUUAGGUCAGUCCAUGAAAGAGUCAGCGAUCGCUGGUCUGGUCCCCUUUAUCCUCCUGUCCUUCCUCCUAGCCUUCUGCUCUGCCACAGUCAACUACAUCAUGCCUUUUGUUUUUGGAGCCAUCACAGCCACCUUAGUUUUUGAAGCAGUGGGUCUAGUUGCAAGCACCUGGGCGCUCGUGGUCUCAGGGGUUCUCGAGUUGCUCAUUCUCAUUUUUGCAAUCUACGGUUCAGCUGCACUGCUAUUCAAAGGUCUCACCCAGCGUCUAGUGCUUAAAGGUUUUGGUACCCCUCUCUUCAAUGUUCUCCUGCUGGGAACCCCCAACUCUGGAAGUGUCCAGAGCAUUGGUCAAGAGAAGAAGAAAAACACAAAAUACGCAGAGCCCAUGGCCUUGGGUUUCUUCUGUGACACUGUUGCCCCCUUCAUCUUCGCUUUCUACGGUUUUGGGUAUGUUAAGUCAUUUGGCUUAGGAGCUGUAUGGGUCUCAAUCAUUUCAGUGGCCCAGCUGUUCUCAAGCUACUAUGCCCAUCUGCGCCAAGACUGCUACCACACAACCAAGUUUGGUCUUCAUGCUACAUAUUGGCUGAUCAAGGCUUGGGAUGAAUUUGUGGUAUCUGCUCUGACUGUAGAGAACAGUUUAUUGAUCUCAGGGAGGGAGGCGAUGGUGGGAAACUGGUUCUUUGUGGUGUCAGGCGUUGUGCUCUGCGUAGGAAGCCUGAACAUGGAUGUCCUGGAACUGAUCCACAACCUUCUCUUUGUCCUGCUCACAAUCUCAACAAUCCCCCAGAUACCUCUUCAGGCUUAUUACAUUUUCUUUGGUGUGGCUUGCUCCCUGUUCACCGCAGCCUCCCUGUAUGGGACCUUUGCACGUCUCAUCAACACAAUAGCAGAGAAGUCUCUCAUCCCUGUCGGCCCACAGCCCAUCUCCAGUGAGCGGCUACAGAAAACUUUGACGUGUGGCAGAUAUAAAGAUGGAAGACAGGAGGCACUGCCCCAAACAGACCAGGCCUCAGACGCCCUGUUCUACAUUUCAAAUGGAGUUGCAGCUCUCUCAGCUCUCCAUACAAGGUUGUCAAGCUCAAAUCCCUCUUUCCUCAAUCUGACUGUCCCUUGGGUCCUCAUCUCUGGAGCAAUAAUCCAGGCCUAUGUCAGCCGGCUGCAAGUUAUGGGAGGUGGCCGUUUUGGAUCUGUCAUUUCAUCCAGCUAUGUAGCAGUAUGGGCAACCUGGAGCUGGUUUAGGUUUGCAGGUGACCUCAUCCAACUUCCAAAAGAAGCAUCCUAUGGUUUUGCAGCAGGAGCCAUUGCCUUCCUGGUCAUUAACACUUUCCUCAUGCUGAUAGCUGCCUACAGGAACCUGGUUUUGCUGUUUUUAACAACAGUCAUGGAGGUUGUUCUGGUCUGUUUCCUGCUGUCCACACUGCAGCGACUGCCAUACCAACUAGAAAUCGCCAUGCUUGCACUACUGUCGAUCAUUUGUAUAUAUGGAGCUCUGGCAUCACUGGUCAACUGCAUCUUCUUCGGGAGACUGCUGCCUAUGGGCCCUUCCUUAUUAAAGGAGAAAGUGAAGGAGGAAUCUUCUCCUGAGCUACCCUGUACUGUUGCUAAUUCACGACUCACCAGUGGUCUCCUGAAGAUCGCUGGCCUUCUGGAGGAGGGCGGAGUUUGCGGUGUUCCCACAGAUACGGUCUAUGCCCUGGCGGCCUCCUGCAAGAAUCCUCUGGCCAUUGAGAAAAUCUACGGCAUUAAAGACAGACCAGCAGAGAAGCCCAUCUGUAUCUGCAUCUCUAGUGUGGAGCAGCUGGUAGCAGCCAGGCCUCCCUUCAGUCCUCUGCUCUGGGAGUUUAUGAGGAACGUGUAUCCUGGAGGCAUCAGCUGCAUCGUCAGCAAAGGAGACUGGCUGUAUAAACUCGGAGUGGGACCGGCUUAUGACCGUGUCGGCACCAAGGACAGCAUCAUGAUCCGUGUCCCAGACCACACUGUGAUCGUCCACCUGUGUGACAUCACCGGUCCCCUUGCCAUUACCUCAGCCAAUCCAAGUGGAGAAGCAGACAGCACCCACCACAGCAUGGUCAUCAAUCGACUUGGACACAAGAUCCAGGGAGUUCUUUGUGAUGGGGACUCUAAUGAAGUUGUUGCUUCUACUGUGGUUAACUGCCUGAAGAUUGAUGAAGGGACCAUCACCAUUGUAAGGGAAGGCUGUGUCCCUGCCAUUAAAGUUCAACACAUCUUUGAAAGAGUGAAAAAUACUAUGGUGUGAUCUUCACAUUCCUCAUAUCUCCUCUCACACCUGGAUCCCCAUGAGACCCUUUGUCUAUUCAACAAUCUCAGGACUUGACAAAAAGUAAAGUGAUCAUUUGUAGCUCAAAACAACUUACAUGGGCAGUUAUCAUUUAAGAAUCUCAGGUGACAAACCAUGACUUAGAUGAGAUCUCUCACAUUGUAUCAACCUGGGAAGAACUGUAAUAAGUUUAUAUUUAUGUUAGUUUAUUGAAUUAAAAAUGAAUUUGUGAAAUGACUUAGGAUUGAAUGAUACUGUAAUAAAUUAUUAAUGAGAAAAAGAAAAUGUAUCUUAUGUUACAAGGUAUUUUAAGCUCACCGUGUUUAUUCUAUAUCGUAUUAUAUUGUAUUGUGUUGUAUUGUACUUCACUGUGUACUGUUCUUAUGUGAAAUAAAGAGUGAAUUUGACUGGUAA